CUCGAUUCACUCAGUUCUUUCCAGGCACAGAGAAGGGCACUCUGCUACUCAGACAUUGAGCACUAGUAAUACAGUUGAGCUAGCAAGUCAGGUGAAGAUGGUUCUGUAUCACAAGGAGUUUGAGCAGGCAGGAAAGACUGCUGGCCUUCAGAUCUGGAGAAUUGAAAAUAUGGAACUGGUACCAGUACCAGUAAGUCUUCAUGGCAACUUCUACGUGGGAGAUGCUUAUCUUGUCCUCCAUACCAUAAAACACAAGGAAAGUUAUUUUUAUGAUCUGCACUACUGGCUUGGUAAAGAAUGCACUCAGGACGAGAGCACAGCAGCUGCCAUCUUCACAGUACAGAUGGACGACUAUUUGGGUGGGAAACCUGUCCAGUACCGAGAGCUACAGGGAUAUGAGUCCACAUCUUUCACCAGCUAUUUCAAAGGUGGAAUCAAGUAUAAGGCUGGAGGUGUUGCUUCAGGAUUUCAACAUGUUGUCAUCAAUGAUCAGUCAGCAGAAAGGCUGUUUCACAUUAAAGGAAGACGAGUAGUCCGGGCCACCGAAGUUCCUCUUAGCUGGUCUAGUUUCAACAGAGGAGACUGCUUUAUUGUGGAUCUUGGUGCAGUCAUUUACCAGUGGUGUGGCUCCCUGUGCAACAAGUUUGAGCGAUUGAAGGCCGCACAGGUGGCAACUGGUAUCCGUGACAACGAGAGGAACGGAAGGGCUCAGCUGAUUGUCGUGGAAGAAGGAAGUGAACCAGAGAGGAUGAAAAAAGUGUUGGGCAGUAAACCUAAUCUUCCAGAUGGGGAUGAAAAUGAUGACGAAAUGGCAGACAUUUCCAACAGGAAAAUGGCCAAGCUCUUCAUGGUAUCGGACGCCACUGGUUCCAUGCAGGUGACUUUAGUGUCUGAAGAAAACCCAUUCACACAGAGCCUUCUUCUGUCGGAGGAGUGCUUUAUCUUGGACCAUGGGAAAAGCAAAAUGAUAUUUGUGUGGAAAGGGAAAAAUGCCAACCCUGAUGAGAGAAAAGAAGCAAUGAAGACAGCAGAAGGGUUUAUUAAACAGAUGGGCUACCCUCAAAAUACACAGAUCCAAGUGCUUCCGGAAGGUGGGGAGACUCCUAUCUUCAAACAGUUUUUCAGGGACUGGAAGGACAAAAACCAAAGUGAGGGCUUCGGAAAGGUUUUUGUCACAGAGAGGAUUGCAAAGAUCCAACAAGUGGAAUUCGAUGCCUCCAAAUUGCACGUGUCCCGUCAGAUGGCAGCACAGUACAACAUGGUAGAUGAUGGGACAGGGAAAACCGAGAUCUGGAGAGUUGAAAGCAGUGGCAGAAUCCCUGUUGAGCCAGCUACAUAUGGUCAGUUUUAUGGUGGCGACUGUUAUAUCAUCCUGUACACUUACACAAGAGGCCAGAUCAUCUACACCUGGCAGGGUUCCAGUGCCACUCGCGACGAGCUCACUGCCUCUGCUUUCCUCACGGUCCAGCUGGAUCGGUCCCUCGGAGGGCAAGCAGUUCAGGUGAGGGUGUCGCAAGGCAAAGAACCAGUGCAUUUACUGAGCUUGUUCAAAGACAAGCCCCUGGUGGUCUAUAAAAACGGAACCUCCAGGAAGGGGGGGCAGGACCCAGCUGCCCCCACUCGCCUCUUCCAGGUGCGGAGGAACCUGGGAAUCAUCACAAGGAUUUCUGAGGUGGAUGCAGACGCUCAGAGUCUGAACUCCAAUGAUGCUUUCCUUCUGAAGCUUCCAAGUGGCGAUGGCCAUAUCUGGAUAGGAAAAGGAGCCAGUGAGGAAGAAGAGAAAGGAGCCCAAUAUAUAAGCAAAGUGCUUCACUGCAAAGCCAGCAGGAUUGUAGAAGGAAAAGAACCAGCUGAUUUCUGGAAGGCACUGGGUGGGAAGAAAGAGUAUCAAACCUCCGACCUUCUGGAAAGCAGCUCCAUCAGCCAUCCUCCAUGUCUCUAUGGCUGCUCAAACAAGACGGGCAGGUUUAUUAUUGAAGAAGUGCCGGGUGAAUUCACACAGGACGACUUGGCUGAAGAUGAUGUCAUGUUGCUGGAUGUCUGGGAUCAGGUCUUCAUCUGGAUUGGAAAGGAUGCAAAUGAGGUUGAAAAAACUGAGUCUGUGAAAUCAGCAAGGCGUUACAUAGAGACUGAUCCAUCAGGGCGGGACAGGAGAACCCCGGUGGUCAUCGUGAAGCAGGGCCACGAACCACCAAACUUCACAGGAUGGUUUUUGGCCUGGGAUUCCUCCAAGUGGGAAAGCGAUCCUGCGUCUAGAGCCAUGAGUUCUCUUAACGUUGCAUAAAACUGCAAGCUUGACUCUUGAAGUGCCUGCUGUGUGCUUUGCUGACAUUGCUAAAAAAAAAAAACAUGAUAAGUGUUCAGAACUUUAUUUUUUCAAAAUGUAUGCUAUACGUGCCGCAAGAAAAGAUACACUUUAAUGGUGGGGUAUAUUUUAAUCAAGCUAUUACUUUUUAAUCAUAAUGUUCCUUUUCUUUCCUUUAAGAUUGUAAAAAUGCUCAGGAAUAGUUGUUCUAUCGUGCAGACGAACUAAAAAAAAAACAAAUCUGCCAGCUGUUUACCUUUGCUGUAGCACUGGUUAUUUGUGUUCUUCUUUUCUGAAAAGGCUUAAAUCAUGAUCCGGAAAUGACAGCAGAUGGCAAAGAUAAUGGAGCAAGUAGCAAUUGUUAAUUAUCCUUGAAGUAUAAUAAUAUAAAAGCAUUAAAAAUCUCAAUAAGUACA